UCUCUAUCAAGCCAGUGCCAGUCCACAUUUCUCAGCGUCGCGGCCUCUCCAGAGGCGUCGUGUCUCAACUUAGCGGGUCUCAUCCCUUUCUUUAGCAUCGACCACAACGCCUCUCUCGUUGCUCCUAUCAAUACUUGGUCCACAGACUUCUGCUCUCAGAGCGCCUGCACAAAUCAGAGCCUUGCCACUGUCUUCGAGACCCUCAUUCCAGAUUGCUCUGAAGGCUUUGAUUCCAGUCAAACGAACUAUACCGUUGAAUCUGCUAUCGCAACGAUACAAAGCAUCUACCCUACG